AUGCCGACAGGAAAAUCAGAAGACAGUGUCACGUCGAGUUCGACCAAUUCGGCUGUACCACUCGUGUGGAAGAGCCUGGCCGUAUAUGGAGAGCCGAACAUGUUCUACCAGGACGACUUUUCAGAAAUAGGUCAUAAUGGCUCCACUAGGAGCGUCAUGAUUUGGACUGGGCCAGAUUCCAAGGAGACUUCUCCAGCAGAGACAAGAUCGCCUAGACUGAAGCAAUUACUCGAGGCAAUGAUCAGAGAUCCCAAACACGACUUCGAUUAUGAGCGCGCUGGUCUCCGGGCAGAAGCAUCUCGAGCAUCGCUAGGUUUCGACGCAGAUGAAUUCGAAGCUAUCCUGCACAGUCGAGCAGGAGGAGCACAUCACAGUCGUAUGCAGGAUUCGAGAAAACUUUACUCGGAGAGGCCAGCUUCCGGCGAGACUCGGAUGUAUUGUAUGGCUUCUUUCAUGUUCGUUUCUCCUAAUGAUGAUUGGCCAUAUGUCUGCUUCUUCGCUACUUGUGCAGGAGUGGGUUACCAGACUGUCCCCACGACCGAGACAACGACAACCGGAUCCCGCAAGGACUACGAGAACUUAACCUCUACGUUUGUUCAAGUAUCCGACAAUCGUGUACACAUGGAAAAGGCAGAGUAUUCUUUCAUCACCAGAUAUAUCAGUCGCCAUAUCGACCAAACUUUGAACAAGCUCGACAGUCUAAUCUCGAUCGUCGAAGAUGUUGAGCGAGUUGUGCAAGGAGCCAGUGAUUCUACGAUACUAGCGGACCUGAUCAAGCAAUUGCACCUUUGUAAUGUCCAGCACGUCAGACUCCAACGAAGAUGGGCCUUCCAGAAACAGCUCAUGGCUACGGUCAAUGAGGUCCUGUCCUCAGAGAACUAUACUAAUCUCCUAGGCAUCUUACUAGAGCGUGACUUUGAGAAGAUGAAGAAAGAGAUGGGCUAUCGGAACCGGCUCGUUCAAGCAGCCGAAACAGAUCUCGCGGUAUUGCCUCGCCGGAUCGAAAAUCAAUUCACCGCACUUUACAAUCUGAGCAACCAGAGGGAUGCCAAAGCUUCCGUGAAGAUUGCCGAAGAGUCGGCGCAGGUGGCCAAAGAGUCGGCUCGGAUAGCCCAGGCGACUCUAAACGACAGCUCUUCUAUGAAGACCAUUGCGGUCAUGACCCUUAUCUUUCUGCCUGCGACAUUUGCAUGCUCAUUCUUUAGCAUGACAUUCUUUGACUGGCAGAAGACCAGCGACCGGACUGUGUCCAAAGAUCUUUGGGUCUACUUUGCAGUCACAGUACCAGUAACUGUCCUAGUACUUGUAGCAUGGGCUUUCCUCACCAAGAAGAGCCGACAGGAAUCUCAAUUAUUGAGGCGUAGGACGAUGGAACGUGGUCGUGAUCUGGAGAAGAACGACUAA